AUGGAAACAGAUGUGAAUGUUGAAUGUGUUCGCAUUGACAAACUCAAUGGCAGUCUCAAAUCCGAGUCUCAUCGUUCAGUUGCGAUGAAUAAACAUGACAGAUCACAAACCAAAAAUCGAACGAUAUACCCGCCGAAAUUGCCCUCCAGAUUCACAUGUAAAACCGAAUUCUCCUCCGGAUCGAGCUUCCAUCAGGAUGACCCCACCCUGGAAGGUCACCAGCUCGCCAUCUUCAUCGUACUCUAUAUUGUUGCUGUCAUUGCAAUCGUGAUGCUAUUCGAAGUGACAAUGCCUGUCCUUUUCAAUCCCAACUAUCCCGAUUUCAACUAA